ACGCCAUCUUGGGACUCCUGCUCUGUGUCCGGCGCCAUGUUGAGACACCCCGGCGGCGGGUGACAGGUCCGGGCGGGUUCGCUGAGUUUGAAUUUAGUCGGCCGGUCACCAGCUCGCAUCCCGCCGGCCAUUAUGUCUCGGUUCAAGAGAGGAGGGACAGCCCCGAACUCCCUGGCCGGCUUCACAGACCCGAGAGACCGGGAGCCGGCGGUUCCCCGGGGACUGAUCAACGCGGCCAGGAAAAGCGGCCAGCUCAACCUGUCAGCGAGGGGCCUGACCGAGGUUCCAGUGAGUGUUUGGAGAAUUAAUUUGGAUACACCGGAAGAGGCCAAGACGAGCGUGCAGUUCGACGGGUCUGACCGGUGGUGGGAACAGACUGAUCUGACAAAGCUGGUUCUGGCUUCAAAUAAACUGCAGUCACUGUCUGAAGAGAUCCGGCUGCUUCCUGCUCUUGUGGUAUUAGAUGUACAUGACAAUCUGCUGACGGAGCUUCCCAGCGCCAUCGGAGAACUGAUUAACAUACAGAAGCUGAAUAUUAGUCACAAUAAGCUGAAAGUGCUUCCGGGAGAGCUGGCCCAGCUGCACAAUCUCAAGAGCCUUCUCAUCCAGCACAACCAGUUGGAGGAAAUACCAGACGCGAUUGGACAGCUGGCCGUUUUGGAAGAAUUGGAUCUUUCAAAUAAUAGUCUACGGAACGUUUCAAGCUGCCUUGGCCGUCUUACUUGCCUUGUCCAGCUCAACUUAUCCAGCAAUAAACUGAAGGCGCUUCCCGCGGAGAUCAGCAACAUGAAGAGUCUCAGACAGCUGGACUGCACGUCGAACUUGCUGGAUGAUAUACCGCCCUCGCUGGCUGGUAUGGAUUCUCUACAACAGUUAUACCUGAGACAGAACAAACUCACAUUUCUGCCGGAGCUACCCAACUGCAAGAUACUCAAGGAGUUGCACGUUGGGAACAACCAAAUAAAUGUCCUUGGCCCCCAGCACCUGACACAUCUUAGUUCUCUUGUUAUCCUGGAAUUGCGGGACAAUAAACUGAAGAGCUUGCCGGAGGAAAUAGCUUUACUGAAAGGGCUGGAACGUCUGGAUCUCAGCAACAAUGACCUCGGCAGCCUACCUAAUUCCCUGGGAAGUCUCCAGAAUUUAAAAUCACUGCAGCUGGAAGGCAAUCCCCUGAGAGGGAUUCGGAGGGAUCUCCUAAGUAAAGGUACUGUGGAACUACUGAAGUAUCUAAGGAGCAGAAUCCAAGUGCCAGAACCAAAGCCUGAACAGAAAGAGGGUCCUGUGGUUACAGCCAUGACUCUGCCAAGUGACUCCAUUGUUAAUACGCACGCAAUCACUACAUUAAAGACCUUAGAGUACAGUGAUAAACAAGCAACCGUCAUUCCUGAGGGUGUUUUCAAUGCAGUUGGCACUUCCCCUAUCGCAAUUGUGAAUUUCAGCAAAAAUCAGCUUACGGAGGUUCCUGUUAGGAUAGUGGAAAUGAAAGACUCUGCGUGUGAUGUAAACCUCGGCUUCAAUAAAAUCCCAGCAAUUUCCCUGAAUCUGUGCAUGCUGCUACAGCUGACACACCUAGACAUGCGGAACAACGCGCUUGUGUGUGUUCCCGAUGAGCUGGAAGCGCUGACACGGCUGCAGACCAUAAUCCUUUCUUUUAACAGGUUGAAGACCUUCCCAGACGUUCUCUAUCGCAUCCCCACUUUGGAGACUGUUCUCAUCAGCAGCAAUCAGAUCAGCUCCAUAGAUCCUCUCCAGCUGAUAAAACUCACCAAACUCUCUACCCUGGACCUGCAGAAUAACGACCUCCUGCAGGUCCCUCCUGCCUUGGGGAACUGUGAAAGUCUGAGAGCUCUGAACCUGGAAGGAAACCCUUUUCGAAACCCACGAGCGGCUAUUUUAGCAAAAGGUACUGUAGCCAUUCUGGAGUAUCUCCGGAGUCGCAUUCCCACCUGAUUCCCCUCCCUGCAGAGACUGGAAGCUGUCAGUCCUGAGACUCCAUCAGUAAGAUGUUUAUAUGGCCUGCAAUGCUGGAAGAGAAGCUGGACACACAAGGAUUGCUCCAGCCAGACAAUUACUGUUCCAUUGCGCCAAACCUGUUGGCGGCCGAAUGGAAUGAGAUGGAUCACUUUUACUCCAUUGCCCCAUAAUGACUCUCCCGAGAGGAGCUUUGUAUGGAUUCUUGUUGUGUCUUGUACACACACACACACACACACACACACACACACACACACACACACACAGCUCUGAUAUCGCUUAGCUGUGAUGUUUAUACGGCUCGGUGCCUCCAUGGUUACUUACAUCUCAUUGGUGCAUUAUGCAUGUUACAUGGAGCCAUUGCCUGACACCCUCUGACCGCAUUGCUGGAAUCAUUCCACUUUUUGUAAAACUGACAUCCGAAUGAAAAACGGUGAUUAAUAAAGCUGCAUUCCAAAA